AUGUUGAACGACAACAACUUAUACGUCAAGGGAGCCGUCAAACUGGGACGUGCCCUUCAACGACAAACCCACACACCCCAUGACCGAGUUGUCAUGGAACUCCAACACAAACCGCUCCACCCCCAUCAAUGGGAGCGACUCCACAGAGUGGGAUUUAUCAAGUGUGUCGUCAGUCCCAUUCAUCCACCCAAAAAGGAAUUUACCCGUCACGAUUUGAGAGAAAAAUUGGCCGUAUUGCACAUUUGGGCCAUGCAAGUCUACCAACGAGUCGUCUUUGUCGAUGCCGAUACAUUUCCACGUGCCGGCAUUGAUCAUCUGUUUACCAUGGACUUGCAAGGCAAACCCAUUGGUGUCACGCGUGAUAUUCGCAACCAAGAAUGGGUCAACACGUUCAACUCCGGUGUCUUGCUCUUGAAUCCAUCUCUGCAGGAGCAUGAACGAUUGGUGGGAUUGUUGCGAAAGGGAAUCCGCUACGAAUACACGAUGGGUGAUCAGGGAUUCUUGAAUACAGUCUACCGCAACAAUUGGCAUGAAAUUGGAUUUGUCAACAAUGCCAAUAUGGCCGUGUACGAGUUUCAGCGGGAAUUUUGGGAUCAAUACAAAAUGCAAGACAUCAAUAUCAUUCAUUAUACCAUGGACAAGCCAUGGAGAUGUUCACUCAAAGGAGUCUAUGCGCCAAUCUGCAACGUGUGGAUCAAUGCAUAA